AUGCCACCAGUGGGUCCCUCGGCACGUACUAGAGCUCCUAUCGCCACGUCAGCGACAUCACCUACUCCGGUGGAAGCUAGCCAGUAUGUACAUUUUCGUCAGUUUGCGCAGCUAAGGCAGACGUGCGAGUUCAUGCAAGGCCAAAACCAGGAGCUCAGGGCUUUGGUUCAGUCUUUUUCGGAGAGAGUUGGUUUGGGAGUUGAGGUUCCAGCUGUGGGCGGGCACCUAGCUGGGGAUACGGCGAGAGAGGUGAGGGCCAUCCUUGCUAUUGCCGAGAAGUGGUUGAGGGUCCUUCUUUCUUCGAGUAGUGGGGUCCGUUAUCCAGAGGGAGUGGAGCGCGUAAUGCGCUAUGUUCUGAGUAGACUCCACGAGGUUGGUGACCUGGGUUGGAGGAGCUUGCUAAUCAUGCUGCCAAAGAAAACUGUUCGUGUAGAGACCGCAAAUGCAGGCCAGACAGAUCCAACCAUCGCUCAGAUUUUGGAAAUUCUGCGUCAGCAAGCUGCUAAUCAGGAGAGGCAGCAACAACAUCAGCAAGUGCCUGCUGUUACUUUUAAGACUUUCCAGUCAGUUAAACCUCCAGAGUUCUUGGGAUCUUCCGACCCGAUUAAAGCCAGAGCUUGGCUGAAGGAGACUGAGAAGGCAUUCUCCUUUGCUAAGGUAGGGGCAGAUCAGAAGACCGAAUUUGCCAGCUACUUCCUGAAGGAGGAAGCCAACUACUGGUGGGAGUCCAAGCGGGCGCUUGAGAUAGUAGAAGUUGUUCCAUGGGAAAGGUUUACGGAAUUGUUCUUGGAAAAGUACUUUCCCAGGUAUAUGCAAAAUCAGAUGGAGCUAAAGUUCUUGGAACUGAAGCAGGAAAACCUGAGUGUUUCUGAAUAUGAGGCUAAGUUUACUGAGCUAGCAAGGUUUGUUCUUGAGUACGUCAAUACUGAUGAGCAAAGGGCUAAGAGGCUCCAACAAGGACUAAAGCCCUGGUUGCGGAGCAGGGUAGCUGCUUUUGAGUUAACUUCGUAUACGGCUGUUGUUCAGAAGGCCAUGAUUAUUGAGGGGAAAAGUGAUAUGUCCCAAAAGGAAAGGGACGGUAAGAAAAGAAAGGUGGAAACCCCAGAAGUUAGUCAAAGGCCGCAAAGGGGGCACUAUGCUAGUGAGUGCCAGGAUAAUAGACCCAGGGGAACCACUUGCUUCAAGUGUGGAAAAGUGGGUCAUAUUUCGAGGGAUUGCAAAACACCAGUUCCUGUCAACAAUGUGCCAAGACUUCCAGCACCACAGGCACAACUGCUUGCUAUAGCAGCACCACCUAAGGCCAGGACUUUGAAUAUGACCUUGAAAGAUGCAGUCAAGGACUCGAGCGUAGUGGCAGGUACGCUUCCUAUCAAUUCCAUAUCUGCCAAAGUAUUAUUUGAUUAUGGAGCUACCAAGUCAUUUGUUUCUGAAGAUUUUGCUCAUAAAUUAUCUCGCGAGAUUCGUAUGUUAGGUGAAGCUUUGUCUAUAGAAGUAGCUAAUCAAGAUAGAGUCUCAGUUACUCAAGUUUAUCCCCGCUGUGAGAUUGAGAUUUUAGGACAUGUAUUCCUUGCUGACUUGAUCCCUUUCAAGUUAGGCACGUUUGAUGUUAUUUUAGGAAUGGAUUGGUUGACUGAUCAUGACGCUCAGAUCAACUGUAAGAGUAAGCGCGUAAUAUUACGAGCUUUUGAAAAAUCCAGAGUCGUAUUCAAAGGUCAGAAACAGACGAAGGAAUUUCUGAAUAUUAUGCAAGUUAAGAAGUUGCUAAGGCAAGGUUGUGAAGCCUAUUUGGCUCACGUGGUAGACUUGAAUGCCGAGUCACCCAGCAUUGAAAGGAUUCCUGUAGUGAAUGAGUUCAGAGAUGUAUUCCCCAACGAACUUCCCGGUUUACCAGUAGACAGAGAAAUUGAGUUUGCUAUUGACCUAGCACCCAGUACUGAGCCAGUAUCAAGAGCACCCUAUCGUAUGGCUCCAGUGGAAAUGAAGGAAUUGGCCACCCAGCUACAAGAUCUUCUUGAUAGAGGGAUAAUUAGACCCAGUGUUUCCCCGUGGGUCGCUCUGGUUCUAUUUGUGAAGAAAAAGGACGGUAGUAUGAGAUUGUGUAUUGACUACCGUGAAUUGAAUAAACUGACCAUUAAAAACAAGUAUCCACUACCAAGGAUCGAUGACCUCUUUGACCAACUGAAGGGAGCAGUAUGUUUUUCUAAGAUCGACUUAAGAUCAGGCUAUCAUCAGUUGAAGAUCAAAACUGAAGACGUUCCUAAGACGGCAUUCCGAACCUGA